UGACACAUUAGUACAUCAAAUCGCUCGCUAACUCGUUGGAGAGGGUGUUUUAAAAAAUACAUCACCAUGGCUGGUCCUUUAAGGGUUAUCCUCGGCACUGUGUUUCUUUCUGCAACAGUUACCUCCAUCACUAUAUUAUCUUUGUAUCAUCUUUUAACUGGGAAAGGUGAGAGGAUUAGUUUUGGCUGGUUUCUUGAGGAAACAUCACCUCAUAUGUGGGCUACAAUUGGAAUUGGUCUAUCCGUAGCAUUAUCUGUCGUAGGAGCUGCACUUGGUAUUCAUACGACUGGAGUAAGCAUCAUCGGGGGUGGCGUGAAAGCGCCAAGAAUCAAGACGAAAAAUUUAAUCUCAGUCAUUUUCUGCGAAGCAGUUGCGAUUUACGGUUUAAUCACCGCGAUCGUUUUAUCUGGAUAUUUGGAAGAUUUUAGUUGGACGAAUCUAACCCCGGAAUCUCGUAUGAAAAAUUGGAUGUCUGGUUAUUUAAUGUUUGGGGCUGGAAUCGCGGUUGGUUUGGUGAAUUUAUUCUGCGGGAUGGCUGUUGGGAUUGUUGGAUCCGGCGCUGCGCUUGCUGAUGCUGCGAAUUCAGCUUUGUUCGUGAAGAUUUUAAUCGUUGAGAUUUUUGGGAGCGCUAUAGGACUUUUUGGAUUGAUUGUGGGCAUUUAUAUGGUGUCCAAAGUUCAAAUGGGGGAUAUUAAAUGAAUGUAGUAAUUAAGUUGUUGUAAAUAUUUGUGUUAUUAAGAUCUUGCUUAGAUUUUAGAGUUCCAUUAUUAAGAGAAUCUUCAAUGACGAUUAAUGUUAUGUAUUUAAUUUGGAAAUAUUGUAAUCGAAAAUAAAAUUUAACGAAAAAUA